AAGCCAUCCUUUGUUAUAUAAAAGUUACAAUUGUUACAAAAGCCAGCCGAAGGCUAGGCUGGAGCUCUGUCUUGCGAACAAGGUGGGUACAUAGGUGGUGUACUGUAGGGGUGAACCCAGAGUCUGCUGAAGAGUUCAAGAUUUCUGUGGCCAAAAUAUGACCCUAUGACUGCCUUGGUCAUGCAAAUGAUGCCACGACACUUUAAGCUAGCAUUUUUUGCAUCAUCGACUAGCCAUGGUAAAUUUGCCGGUUUGAGUAUAGCAAGAUGUUGUAAGAUAUGUACAGUGUUAAGCCUGUUAAGCCUCGUAAAUAGCGCUGCAUUGGAUGAAAAACAAUGUAAAGUACGUUGGUUUUGGACGCGGAAGUUUGUGGAUUUGUGGGGGCAAGCUCGUAAAACGCAGGGUUUGGGCCGCUGUUUGAGAUGAGCUGGGUGUUGAAAGGCACACGGGUUUGAAGAAACCUAGACGCGGAGAGUUGAAGUUUCUUGGCUGGUGCCCUGUUGCGUUUUGUUGGGAGGCUGUCUAGGGGCAAAAGAAGGCACCUCCGAAAAAAUGCAAGCAAGGUGUGGAAAGACACUGCGCGGUACAGAGAUCCAGAAGCAGAGGGCCGAAUGAAAAAACAAAAACAACUUAUAUAAGGAAAGAUGGAGCCAUGUCGCGGGCGAGUCCACAACGCCGCUCUUCAAGUCAGAAAUCCAAGGAGAAGUCAGACAAAGCGGCUGCUGUGCAGAAAAAUUUAGAGGCCAUCAACGGCCGUGGUGCUGGAAGGCACACACUGAUCGCGCAGCAGCCCGGUGGAAGGUCCAGGACAACAAAGGAGGAAACAGUACGCCGCCAUUCUGCACAUGCGAGUUCAAGCAUCACCCCCACACAAUUGGCAGGCAAGCACACUGCAUCAGCCUCCUCUUUUUUGUUUGAUGCAGUGGAGCGCUCCAGUUUGAGCGCAGCGACGGAGGCAGCUGUUCAAGACAUAGCUUGCGAAAUACUGGAGGCAGAGGACUCAGCCGUCAACCUCAGCCGUCCCAGAUCCAGAGCAGGGAGCAGCAUUCCAGCUGAUGAUCCAUGGGCGUCGAGUGAUUCUGAAUCUCUGACAUCAUCGUGCCAAAAGGAGGAGUUGAGAAAGCCUGCUGCUUUGCAAGAUGGAGUGGCAUUCCCAUCCAUUUCCAGCACUGCACAGAGCUCAUCCCCUCCAUCUGCAGAGCCUGAAGUAGAGCCCGCUGAGCCCACAGGAGGCCCGCGUGAAGCCUCCUCGUCAGCCACAUCACCACGAGCAGCGCAACUUCACCGAGCUUUGAGCCAAGUGCAGACUUGCGCGUCACAGGGAAACUUUGCAGAGGCAAUCCAAGAAUGCUUGCCGGCCCUUCUUGGACCUCAGGAAGUGGUGGAUAUUGUUGGGAGCCUGUGUGCUGCAUGGCAAGCCAGCAUCAAGAAGCAGAAACGGGAGCACCAGAAUGCUAUGGAAGCGAUGGUUUCGGAGGUAACUUCAGCUCGGGAGAAGGACUCACCAGAAGUGUGGAAAUUGUUGGAGGAGAUAGAGGAAAAGGAAACUGAAGUCACCGAAGAGGUGCAGCGUCGGGCACAGCUUGAGGUAGUGAUGCAGGCUUUGGAGGAGGAGCUUCGAGGGGCAAGGAAUGAUCUGAAGGCGGCUCAGCAGCGUGCAGACCAGUGGCGCAGAUUGAAGGAUGACAAAGAAAGGGAGCUUUUUGCACAAAUCCGGAAGCGGGAGGAUGCUGAGCGGGAGGCAUCAUUCCUGCGACAGUCUGCAUGGCUAGCUGAUCGUACUGCUAGAGAGAAUGUUGCAUUGAAGAAGGAGCUCCAAAAAGCGGAGGCAGUCGCUGCGACAUGUGGAGCAUCGGCACUGGCCAGACAGAUUGCUGAGAUGGAAUGCAGCCCGCUGCGGUGCUGUCGUGGAGAAAUAAGACCUGCAGUGAAGAAGAAGUUGAUGAUGAAGUGGCAUCCAGACAAACAGCCAACUGCAGAGCACGUGGAAUUUGCAACACAGGUGAUGCAAGCCCUGCAAAACCAGCCUGAGUGGGAGAUGUGACCUUGACUUGUUCUUUCUGUGAAGGUUUUGACAGAACAAAAC